CAAACUCACGCAAAAAAACCUCGCCACGAUGACGAAGCCCAGUAAUGGAUGUUUUCCUUAAUCUUCAGAGCUUCUUGACGGCGCAUGGGAUACCUCUUUUCUUUCGGGGCACAUAUUUUUGGAUGGUGCGGCCUAUUUGCCAUUGCCCCUCGUGCCCACCACCAGUUUUUUCUGCUUUGGACAUUUGUGCAGAUUUCUCGGGAUAUGGGAAAAAGCGUUAACGAACAAGACGGUUGGUUUAAAGGGACGCCUUGUUUAACGGAACGGUUACAUAAAUCUAGUCCCCCUACCUACCCACACAUAUACCUAGUGUCUGCUGCUUAAUGCGACAUAAAAACUCAUCCUUAAAACCUACUUAAGCUUGCCUUGGUCCCCCCCAUCU